AUGGGAAAUGCUGGAAGAAAAAACAACCUCUCUCAAAUGGCUUUGUCAACCCCAGAAUCGGAGGGAAAGGUCUUUAUCAAAUUGAGGAACAAUACAACUGUGUCACUCAAUAAUGUCCCGCUAAGUCAUGCCACAAACCUGCCCAUCAACGCCUGGGAUGAACCUACGGAAUUUCACUUACAAGGAGCCAGAAGAAGCAACAUAUGGAUUCAAGGAAUAUUGGGUAGUGGUGCUUAUGCAACAGUGUACAAAUGUGUCCUAACAGUAGAUGAUGAAAAUUUCAUUGCAGUAAAGCGCUUAGACAAGAUUGUGAGAGAAGGUGAGCAAGAGUUCAAGACAGAAGUGAAUGCAAUUGGCCACACAAAUCAUAAAAUUCUAGUUAAUUUGCUAGGAUUUUGUAAUGAGGGCCAACAUCAACUUCUAGUUUAUGAUUUCAUGAGCAACGGCUCCCUAUCAAGCUUCCCCUUUGGAUCUUCAAGACCGAGCUGGUACCAAAUAGUGCACAUUGCAAUGGGAAUUUCAAAGGGACUCCAUUACUUGCAUGAAGAGUGCAACACUCAGAUUAUACAUUGUGACAUCAAGCCUGAAAAUAUACUUUUGGGUGGCUCUUACACAGAAAGGAUUUCUGACUUUGGAUUAGCUAAGCUUUUGAAGAUGUACCAGUCUCGAACCACAACAAUGAUAAGGGGAACCAAAGGUUACGUUGCCCCUAAGUGGUUCAGGAAUAGACCUAUCACACCAAAGGUGGACAUUUACAGUUUUGGUGUCUUAUUGCUCGAGAUCAUCUGUUGUAGAUUUAAUGUCAAAUCAAGUGUAGAGGAUAAAAAUCAAAUAAUACUGGUUGAUUGGGCAUAUGAUAAGUAG